AUGAGCCGAUUUGUCGCGGGCCGCUUUUUGGCCCCGGGGCUGCUCCGGCCGCUUUCGAAAUCCGUCCAUUCGCCAGCAGUAACACCCCCCCAAUGGGCACGCCUUUUUUCUCAGUCACAAUCACGAAACUUGGCCGAUAUUCCUCCACAAGCACCGCCGCAGAGCAGAGGCCCAAGCCUUUCAAUGGACAGGCUGGUCAAGAACGUGCUCCAAACUGCUCGAUCGCCCACUGAACCAAUCAAUCAAUCACUCGCCGAAACACUUGAGGUGAACGACGACCAAGGGCCCGAGCCUUACCAUUUCCACAUCUUCAGCCACAAGCACAAUACGCACAUCACCUUGACCAAGCCGAAUCGCGAGUCCAUCCUUUCCCUGUCAUGUGGAAACCUGGGGUUCAAGAAGUCCCAGCGGAAGAAUUACGAUGCGGCGUACCAACUCGGUGCCUACGUGAUCGACAAGAUGCACCAGAAAAACCUAGUCAAGAAGAUACACAAGUUGGAAGUGGUCCUGCGCGGGUUCGGGCAAGGGAGAGAGGCAGUGGUGAAGGUGUUGAUGGGGAACGAGGGCAAGCUCUUGAGGCCCAAGAUAGUCCGUUUGUCAGACUCUACAAGGGUCAAGUUUGGUGGUACACGGAGCAAGAGGAUGAGAAGGUUGGGUUAA